AUGCUUCAAACAAAUCUGCAGGACUUCUUGAAAUCCUAUUUUUUUCCACAACCUGCAGAUUGGCCUUCCCAGUUGUACACAAGGCAGACUGUUUACGAAACUUUACAAAAGUUCUACCACAAAAACUGCACAAAGACUUUCACUUCAACAACUGAUCACUAUUACCAUAUGGCAAGUUAUACGGCUCAUUCAUCUUAUGUCCCAGUUAACCAUAUUCGAGCCCUCCAUCAAUUUUGUCUCUCAUACCAUGCAUUGGACCACUGCACGUUUCCUUAAAUGGACGUGAAAUGCUAUUCAAUGACUUCAGCCCUUUUUCCGCAAUCAAUUGUGAACAACUUUGCCCAAAAUGUAAACUUGGCAAACAUCCUAAGCCUUGGAGACUGUUUAUGGAGGCUGGUUCCACAAAAGAGACAGUGUGUUAAGGACAAGUUUAAACAGAGGAGGCUAUUACCGUGUUCCCAGCGUGCCUUGCGCCUAUUUCUGCGUGAUUGUUUCCGGUCUGUGUGAUGAAAACAUAAAUUUUACUUAAAGUUUCGGAAAAAUUUUCGCCGCAUUAAGGAUGAGGUAUGCAGGUAAAUAGGUCUUAGCGUAAGUUCUCAUCAUUCAUUAGGAGGACAGAAUGAUUUAUUGAUCAAAUCAUUUUGUUUUCUGUAAGAUUUGACCGUGUGACCUUUCUCUAGUUAUGCGUCGCUGCUUAUCUGUUGUAUGCAUGGUGUUUUGAAUUAUUCAUUUCGGUACUCAAAGGAGGAGUCGAUUGAGAAUUGAGACACAAAUCCACUCUAUUAUACUUUAAACAUUCUAAAGAACCCAAUGGGCUCCUUUGGAUUCCACAUUUCCCCAGAAAAUUUCCAUUUUAAACGAGAAGUAUUUUUAGCGCUAUCAUGAUGAAGAGACAAGCUCCCGUUACGCGCGGAGUGCAUUCACAACAAGCUUUCAAUGAAAUAGCAUUCAUUUACUUUUUCGUAUAUUCAGGUAGGAGGUUACUGUAACUGUAGUUACUGUUUGACGGUAGUAGUGUUCGAGGUCAACAGUGUUUGAAACUGCGAAAGAGGCUUACAUGUCGGUAUUUACGCCGGUACAGUAAUAUAUCUACUGGUCAUGUUAAUCAUCCAGGUAAUCGUGGAUUUAUUAUGAAUCGCGUACCGAGUUUCUCGCAGCCAGAUGCUUUGAUACCUCGUAUAUUCAAUGCAUAUUUUACUACAAAUUACGUAGCGCAGAGUUUGAGAAGUAUUAUUGAAUAUCUAUUUCAUCGCGGACCCCCAUAACAAGGCCAGGGUUUAUCAGCUUUUAUUUACAUACAGUCAAACAAUCUUGAUGAAAUACUUAAACAGUAUACAAAAUCUCAGACCUGAGAAGGGCAUCUAUAGCUACCUCGUGAAAUUCUAUCGUACAAUCGAUACAAUUUACACGGAGUAUACUGGAUUAUUUCUUGUAUCUCUCUUGUGCCCUUGUGUUUCCUCCGCGGCUACACUUUGAAAUGAGUCACGCGCUGGGAUUUGGCCUUUGAUAAUAUAGUUUGACCACAAUGCAUGACGGGAAGAUGGUAAUAUCCUCCUUUAGUUAAAACAAAGCAGAGAAAUAUAAUACAGGACACUACUGAACUUGCUGGAUAACUAUUUACCAUUGGUACUCAGUAUAUAUUCAGUUUGUUUUAAGCUUAACGAUUUCAUUGAAUAUUUUGAGACAAUGAUCACGGUGUGGGUAAUGUUUACUUGCCUGCUGAGGCAUGACUACAAUAAGGCUCUCCUCAUUUGGUUAGCCAUGGUCACAAACUGGGGGAAGAACAACCCUCAACUCUGCAAACUGAUCUGGAAGAACUUGGUCAUCGUUGAUGAAUAUCCUGUGGAGAAUGUACACAACGUAAUCAGAUCAAAGACAAAUGACCAUGACAGUGCUGAAAAAAAUGCAGGAGACAGCAAAGGCUACAUUUCAGAGCAGACAAGCUCAAAGCAACUGUCGAAAAUACUUGCAGCUAAGAAUUAUUCCAUGUUUUCACAAAAGCACAUUAACAAUUUGAAAUUACGUUGUGCUAAACUGAUUGCAGUCUGUUUUCCAACAUGA